CGUCACCACCCACAUCACCACCGGCAUCACCCACACCAUCGCUCCCACCACCGGGGCAUGAACAUGGGCCAAAAGAUUUCAGGUGGUGUAAAGAGUAUGAGCCGGGAGAGUGGUGCGGGGGCCGGCGGCGGGGUUGGCGUUGGCGGUGGUAACAAUACAACUUAUACGCGUUCGGUGAUACCACGCGAGCUGGCCCAAGAUUUUGCGAGGCCACCUCGUCUCGACGUGCUCCUCGACAUGCCGCCUGCCUCGCGAGAAACCCAAGUCCAUCACAGCUGGAAUGCCGACGACCGUAGUUUAAAUAUAUUCGUUAAGGAGGACGAUAAGUUAACGUUUCAUCGACAUCCUGUCGCGCAAAGCACAGAUUGCAUACGAGGGAAAGUGGGGUACACCAAGGGUAUGCAUGUAUGGGAACUUUAUUGGAGCACGAGGCAACGGGGUACGCACGCCGUGGUAGGAGUCGCGACAGCGGAUGCUCCUUUACAUAGUGUCGGCUAUCAGAGUUUAGUCGGAAACAACGAACUCAGUUGGGGUUGGGAUCUUGGUAGAAAUAAACUCUAUCAUGAUUCGAGAAAUAAUAAUGGCGUAACGUAUCCAGCCCUUCUCAAGUCCGACGAAACAUUCAUUGUUCCUGAUAAAUUUCUGGUGGUUCUUGAUAUGGACGAGGGUACAUUAGCAUUCGUGGUAGAUGGUCAGUAUCUUGGAGUAGCGUUUAGAGGGCUCAAAGGAAGAAAAUUGCAUCCUAUUGUGUCUGCCGUUUGGGGACAUUGUGAGAUCACGAUGAAAUACAUCGGCGGACUUGAUCCUGAACCUCUGCCUCUCAUGGAUCUAUGUCGAAGAGUGAUUCGACAACGAAUCGGUAAACAUAGAUUAGAAGAGAAGAUCAAUGAGCUGAACCUACCGCAAACGAUGAAGACUUAUCUUCUGUAUCGGGACAGAAGGUAACCAUUGAGUGAAUCUCCUCAAGAUGCCACCACGAUUAUGACUGCGAACAUCACCGUGCUACAACGUUGCCACUAUGACGCACAGGCGACCGUCCGCUAUCCCCUCGCAUGCCACCAAGGACAGCAACCCCUUAGCCGCGCGUCUCCGUUAAUCAAGCGCACGAUGUUCAACAGACUGACAUGCGUCAUGCGACGACGCGUUGAGACACGCCUAGCACCACGAGAAAACGCGCUGAGGGAGCGGCGCCGAAAUACUGUACUAAUAACAACUCGUGGUGCUCUUAUCAGGACAAGUCACAACGACUGCAAUCCUCAUCGUCGUUAUUAUUAUCGUCGAUAAGUUUAAUUGCGAUUGCAGCAAGGUUGAGAGGCAGAAUGAAAAGAAGGGGACUUUAAUGAAAUUUAGAAAGAAACAUUUCUAAAUUUAGAUUUCUAAAUUUAGGUGAUAUUGUUGUUUUAUGUUGCGUGUACUUUAUCCCCGGAUAGAAUUAUUGUACAUUUAUUAAUUAUUAAAAAAUUGUACCGAGCAACGACGAUUUCGGUACUUUCGCAUUGGCAAAAAUGCGUGUAUAUAUUAUGCGAUUCUCUUUUCUUUUUUAUUUUUAAUCAUUCACUUUACUGACGAUGCGUGUGUAUGGUGAAUAAAAUUAUGCCAGAUGGUGGCAAUGCGGUACAACAAUUUAUGUGAGAUGUCGGAGACGCUUAGUUAAAGAUGGAAAGCAAAGGAUUAUGCGAAAAAACGAAGAGAGUACAGCGCUUCACAGUUGGCCAGUAAAAAAAAAUAAACUUAAUCAAGCUUGGAAGCUGAUACGGACGUGUCGCACUUAUUUACAACGUUGAUUGAUAGUGGACAGCGCUGUUGGCUCAUAAUCUAAUCACAGUAGAAAAAUGGUGGAACAGCAAGAGGGAAAAAAAGCGAGUCGAGGAAAUAGAAGAUGCAAAAAAAUUUUCUACGAUGAAAAACGAUACUCAACGAGAAAUGUGACCUCAAUCGAUGAUGAUUGUGGAACAAUUAAUUCAAUUUGGAGACGUGUGUAAUAGUGAUGGACAUCGGGCAGCCACCUUCCAAUAGACUCAUUUUUCAAGUAUUUUCUAAGCAUGCUAGAUUUAAUAAAGUAUAGUGGUGUGUGCGUGUAUCGUGGAUGGAUAUGAAGUAAGACAGAGACGACGAGGGAAGUACGACAGAAGGAAGAACAAAGAUAACCCUGCCAUAAUAUUCUCUUUAGCAGUGUUCGAAAACGUAGACUUUACAAUUGCGAAUUCUGCGGAGGAGAGAUCGAGUGGAGAAUGCGAAGGAGAAAGGGUAAGCAUCUGCAACUCGCGCUGUGGUGAAUCGGAUAAAAGACGUCUAAGUAAACUAAUAACGAAAAGCAUGUUACUAAAAUUAAUUAUCUCUACAUCUAAUUGAUUUAAAAAAAAAAGUGCUGUAAUAACUUGCGAAAAUAGUAUGUAUUUAACUAAUGUUUAAGAGAAGCGAGUGAAUAAACGGGCAUUGGCACAAAUUAUUCCAAACGCGAAUUAAAACUGUCAUGAAGAGCCGCCAUGUAGUAAAUAUAAUCCGAUAUAAUCCGAAAGAAUGACGAAUAAUGACCGAUGUAUCGGAUUAUACUUAUCACGGAUUACUCAUUGUAAUGAUUAUCGGAUUAUUGAUCGUAAUAGUUACAAUAACGAUAAUGACGACGAUGAACAAUGAUGCUGAUUAUAUCGGAUAUGUAACUAUUAUACUAUUAGCAUGACAAAUCUUACGACUGGUCUCUAGUAUCUCUUUAUUCUUACGUUUGUCGCUUAGGUUAAAGACUACGCCACCGUCACCGUCGAUUUGUAAAUAGAUAUAUUGAUAAUAUUGUACGACGACGUAUACGCAUGUGUAUUGUGAACAACGAUUGUAUCCGUAACUGCGGAGCAGGCAGACCGAAUGCGAGAAUAAUACACCAUCUUCAUCGUUUCAUACAAAGUAAUCAUCUCGCGUCGUCAGACCUCCGUUUCGAGGUAUAUCUUGCUUUCUUACGCGAUUCGCGAAAUCGUUUCGAUUUUUAAUUGUUGAUCAUCAUUGUUUACAUUAUCAUCUUAAACUUGUCCAAAACUCGCGUCUUCCAAAUUAUCGUCAGUCGUUCGAAAUCUUUGUAUGACCGUUUUAAGUCUCGCGUCUUGAAAUCGUGUUUGCUUUUGCGCCUGUGCCGAUUAUGUUUCUUUUUUGGUGCAAUUUUCAAUGACUUGUUCGAACGGGCCCUCCGCUCACUCGCUGGACCGCAUUCCAACAGUCAUCGCAAAAUUAGGCCCACAAAAGCGGCCAGUCCCGCAUCGUGCGACGUUAUCAAAAGCAUGCACGAUCUCGCACUCGGGAAAGUUUGAUCGCCCAGCUCUGCGGUUCUCAAUACCAUACCCGGGAGCUAUCAGCGACGUUUGUCUUCGCUAUCGUCCUCUCGUAUCGCGAAAUGCAGCACGUGAAUCUGCGACGCGAACGGAUCGAAUAAUAAGAGACGGAUGCGAAGACGACUCGAUCUCUUUGAGAAAAUAUCAUCUCUUUCUAUCGGCACGUCGUCGGAAGUAAUUCUGUUUUGUAGUGAAAACAGAGAGCGGGAUAAACAGAGGGAAGUACAGCGAGGACGGCAAUGAACUUCUGUACGAAGGAGAACUCGUCCUCGUUUUUACUGCACACCAGCAGCGAAUAAUUUACUUUGUCAUCUUUUAUUCGGCGCCCGAAGGCAUGAAGGCAAAAAUGCGACGAAACAGUUCUCUCCGGUGGGGCGACAAGCAUACCGCGCAAAAAAAAAAAAAAAAGAUACGAUUCUAAGUAAAGUACGUGUAAGAGGGAACACAGAAAGCGUACUCGAAGACGCCUCAAGCACGUUCACAAUUCAAUGUAUAUUCAUUCAUACGUGUCGUUCAUAUAUCGUUAUAUGUGCGCGAGAAAACCGGAAAA